UUUGGAUUCUUUAUAAACACAGGCCGACCUGGCCCUCCCUAUUUCAGCUAGCCAAACAAACCACAUUAUGGUGCCUGACUACAGAAGCGACUCUGUCGCAAAACGACGAAUCCGCCAAGCAAGAGUCGUCCUUCGAGGGUUGUAUUUCCUAUGUUCAGCUAUGACGCUGACAAGCUGUGUUAUAGCACUCGUGAUUUAUAGCGAAAAUGCCAGCCAGUUUCCAGAGCCACUGGAAAUAUGGCCAACCAUAAUGGUGCUCAUUGUGGCCAGCAUCUCGUUUGCACUUUGUCUCUCUGUCAUACUAUCCUACUUCUGUACUCGUGGCGGGGUUAAAACUGCCAAUGUGAUAGACCGAUAUCGAUUUUUUUUCCAUUGGAGUACGAUAUUGGGGUUCAUCAUUGUAUGGGCAGUCACCACUUCCGUCUUCCACGUCAAGAGUGGUCAGCCACAAGACCUCUGGGCGGCAACUUGCACGGCGGCCAAGAAUGACCUUAUUGAAGGCAAUGAUAUUUGGACGAUAUGUACGGCUUCGAUUUGGAUUAGUGGUUGCGGAUUCACCAACGUCGGCCUUCACGUGUUCGAGCUCGUUGUGUCUCUGAGUAUAUUACCUUUGCAAGCUCUUCGCAUGAAACUUAAGCGAGACAUUGAUCAAGCUGAGCGAACCCCCAUGUCAUCCUAUAUGGACGAAGCCACUCCAUUUGAACCAAAAUCCUUGGAUGAAAGCUGGCACCGAGUGGAUUAUGAGGAUCGGUUCCGCAAAGUGGAUAAUCAUAGCUUUGACAGCAUUAAGCUUCAAGUUGCUUAAGGGGUCCUCUCUCCUGUAUUUGUAAAUUCUCAUGUCCUUUCUUGUCUCUGUACUAGUAUUUUAAUUCGUUUCUGUAAAAAAAAGAAAAAACCAAAAAAAAGCAAUCGUUUCCAUGGUCCAAGGUCUUCCUGUAAUGCGCAAAGUUGCGUUGUUUCAUCGUCAUGACCACCGAAUUAAUUGCGUGCCGUG